GGGACGCCAUGAUCAUCUCCUGGCUCGACACGUUCACCUCGAUCGUCGUGGGCUGCAUCGUGUUUGGGGUGCUCGGCAAUCUGGCCCACGUGACGCACCGUUCCAACAUCCAGGAGCUGCAACCUGGGAGCGGUGACCAGCGUCAUCACGGCGAUCCACGAUCGCGCUCCGUCGGUCGCCAACUGGAAGAUCGUUGUCGGCGUUAGCAGCGUGAUGUGCUGCGUCAGCGUUGUGUACCUGGGACCCGGAGGACUGGAUCUGCUGGAUGUGCUCGAUACGUACGGGGCGAAGUACGUCACACUGACACUGGCCCUGUUCGAGGUGCUAACGUUCGCGUGGGUCUACGGUGUCGAUCGCAUCUGUCGGGACAUUCGCUUUAUGCUGCGUCGGGAAACUGGACUGUUUUGGCGCGCCUGCUGGGGAGUUGGAGCGCCACUGCUGAUCGCCUUCAUUCUCCUGGUGUCCUUCAUCAGCUACGUGCCGCUGAAGGUACCUCCGGAAUACAAUGUCGCUGGCUGGAUACUGUACGCGGUGGCCAUCGUGCAGCUUCCGCUGUGGGCGAUCUACGCCAUCCUGACGCAGGACGAGAAAGGUUACCGCAACCGGAUGCAGGCUGCAUUCCGCCCGAGUAAAAGCUGGGGUCCCGAAAGUGACACCAUCCGCGAGCAGUACCAUCAACUGGAGGAGGAAGUUGUUUGCGCGGCCUCACGCUAUCCUCGGCGUCGGCUGGUCCAGUGUUUGUAUAACAGAAUGUUUCACUAAGUCCCUAAUGAUAAGGCACUAAGGCUAAUGAUAGUUUUGUAAAGCCUGUCUUGAGUCACCCCUAGGGUCCCCCCGACACCUAAAUACAGCGCUGAGGCAAUGGAG